GAUUUUUGAGGCAGAUUUAGAAUUCGGAGUCUUGCCAUCAGAGGAGAGAAGACCUUAGAUCAUCCGCUUCCACAGCUUCACCACUUCCAUUCCGCGGGGCACGAGAGAACUUCACAAGGCAACGUAGAUAAUUUCCAUUAGCUUCGUACGGUACCCUCUCUCUCUCUCUCUCUGAGAAUUUAUAUAUAUUAAUUAUGAUGAUUAUAAAUCUUAUGUUUUCUUUUCUCAACCGUUUUGACUACUACUGUUUGCGGCCAUGAAGAUGUGUGAAGAUCAGAUGAUUUGUUCUCUAUCUAUCUUACUCAUGAUCAUUGAUUUCCUUUUAUGCUUAAUUUUCUUGUUUGAAUCAAUUGAGUACACCUCCAUCUGAUCACUGAUUAACUUUAUGUCACUGAUCUUUAAUAUAGGAUAAAAAUUAAACAUGGUUCGACCAAAAGACCAGUUUUGGGUGUAUGCAGAGGAUUUGAAAAAUGGUCGUUUUUCCUGUAAUUUUUGUCAUCUUCAAUUUCCGGGAGGUAUUUCUAGGAUAAAAUGGCAUUUGUCUGGACGUAAGUGCCACGAUAUUAAAGUUUGUGAACAAGUGCCACGACAUAUUCAGUUAGAAGUGAGAAAAGUACUCGACACUCCCAAUAAGAUCAAAGCUGAUAGAUCAUCUCUGGUUGAGGAUGAAAAUCACUCAAUUCUUUCAGUACCAUCUCGUUGCCCAAAUCUAUAUACGGAAAACGAUAGCAUUUUGGUGGGUCAAAAUAACAAUAACGUUAGAGAGGGUGAUAAUCUUUCCACUCCAGCUUCGUCAUCACGUGCGCAAAAUGCAUGUAACAAAAAGGAUAAGUACUGUCAAGAAGUACUUGAUGAACAAUUGGCUAAGUUGUGCUUCUUCUUUGGUAUUCAUCCUAAGGCCGUUGUCUCUCCCAUUUUCGAGGACUUUGUGAAGAGUAUUGUUGAAUUUGGACCCGGUUAUCAACCACCAAGUCCUUUUACCCUCGGGACUGAGUUGAUGUCAAAUGUGGAAAUGAAAGCUAAAAAAUAUGUUGAGGAUCUCAUAAAUGAUUCAUUUCAAGCAAAUUGUACCUUGAUGGUCAACAUUUGGAUAGAUUAUAAUGAUUUCAAUGAAGACCGUAAUAACCGUGUGGAUAUCUUUGUUUAUUCGCAAAGAGGUGUGGUAUGCUUGAAAUCAUGUAAUUAUGGGUUAAGAGAAGGUAUUCAAGAAGCCAUAUCUUCUACAAUUGAGUUCCUUGACCCCAGCCACAUUGUACAACUUAUAUACAAUGAUUACGAGGAUCAUCAUUAUUUAAACUGUGAGUUCUCCACAAUUAGGAAUACGGUUUUAGAGAACCAUCCUUGGAUUUGCGUGAAUCAUUGUCCUGUUGUUGUUAUUAAGGACUUCCUUUAUGAAAUGAGAUCAUGGUCGAAACUGCGUUCUUUAAUUGGUCUUGUGAGAUUAAUACUUUCAUACACUUAUCAUCAUUCCAAUAUGUCAUUUAGAAGAGGGAAGAAAAGACCGAAAGAAGAUUAUGCAUCCAUUAUUUUUAUGUUCAAAUCAGUUUUAGAAGUUGAAGAUGAACUGAAAGCCGUGCAAUUUUCUAUGAUAACAUUGUCGAGUGAUCGGGUGAAAUUGCUUGAUGAGCAGAAUGUAGCGGAACAUCUUAGAUGUGCAAAAUUUAUUGAUUACAUUAUCCGCCGUAAACAGUUUUGGAGUCGAGUGAAAGCAGUGGCACAAGUGUGGUUUUUAAUGUUUCAGACUCGAUGCCUGGUUAAUCGCGAGGACUCAAGUAUAGGAUACUUGUAUGAGAUGAUAGAAAGGGUGAGCGAUGGGAUUGACAAAAGUCGUAACUAUGAUUGUUCCCUUUAUGAUUUUGCAUGGGAAAAAUUCAGUGAUAUGAGAAGGAAGAUUAUUCAUCUAAUACAUGCAGCUGCUGCCUUUUUAAAUCCAGCUUAUAUGUGUAGUGAUAAUUUUAAGGAAAAUGUUGAAAUGAUAGCUGGCAUGGAUUAUGUGUAUGAAAAUAUGGUCGAGUCAGAGGAAAAGGAAGCAUUUACCAUGCAAAUACAACAAUACCGCACGAAAAUGCCAAAUUUAUUCACAGCUCAAGCCAUGACAAUGUUAAAAACAUGCCAUCCUCGAAUAUGGUGGGACUGUGGAAAACAUACCCCGGUAUUAAGGAAAUAUGCAAUUGGAAUAUUGUGUCAACCUUGUAGUACUUCAGUUUGUAAGCGUUAUCAAGUGCCGCAAGGUGAUUGGAGAUCAGAAGAUAAUUGGUCAGUACAAGUGAAUACAAUGAUCAUGAGCAUGAAUAAUUAUUCUGAAUCAUUACGGUUGGAACCGAUCAUUCUUGAUAAACUUGGCGGCGGUGAAGAUGACGAUGCUCUUAAGGAUGUGGAGGAACUGGUUGACAAAUACUACAUGGAUCAUGUUUUACCUCGCGCGAUUCACUGACGAUACUCUUGUUGAUCGCAUGAUAGAAGAUUGGAGGCUUUCAUGGCUAGAUAACUUUUCGAGUUUUCCUUACUUAUAUGGUAUUUAACUACUUAAAAGUCAUUUUGUUUUCUUUUCAUGUCUUAUAUUUAAGUCUUAUGAAUUGUAGAGUCUUAACAGUUUCAAACCUAAACACCAUU